AUGAAACUAAGACACAAAAGAAAACAGAUUUGGCGCAUAAUAAAUGUGUGUUUCCUGCUGUGGCUCCAGCAGGCGCCCGCAGGCGCUGUGCGGUGCAUGGAGAUGUCUUUUGACGACAUGCUAGACCUCCACAUGCGCAUGCUGGGCAGUGUAGGGGGGGUUUCUGUGGGCUUGAACUGCUACUGGCACGGAAGCCCUAUGUGCGCCUACAUAAGCAGGCAUCUGGGCUUUAUGCAAAACGCGCGGAUGUUUCUGUCCAGCAUGCGGGCGAGCUUUGGGCUAUCUCUGAAUGGAUCUAGCAAUGGGCUGGAUUAUUACAAGUACACGCGAACUCCGUGCCACGACACGGCGCAUCUGUUUAUGGCGACUCCAAAUGUCUUAGCAGAAAGCGAAGACAGUGAAUAUGCAAGCGAGUACUGCACCGCAAUGAUACUGAUGUUUCCAUUAGGAACCGAUGAGCGCCUUUCCAUUGAAUCCACGCAGACGGACUCUUUCACAGGCUUCCUGCGCAGGUGCUGCAGGAAAGACCAGCCGCUCUACAUAUUGGCGGCGCUGCUUUUGCUGAGCGAGGGCGUGGAUGUGCCCAUCGAGGCGGCUGGCGACAAAGUUGUUCUGGCGUGCAGAAAAGGCCCGAAUGCGCCAUUGCAUGACAUCUUUACAAUAGGCAAGGGUCUGGAUGCCGAAAGGGUUUCGCAGAAUGUGUGCCAGGUCGUGGGCUUUUUUAAGAAGCACAAGAACACUAGAAGCAUGCCAAACACAUUUUUCGAGUUUCAGACGGGCGGCUUUCUGGAGUGUCCGCAGUUUCUGAUCAGCACAUACAUAUACGAGUACAUAGGCAGUACCAAAGACAUGGUGAGGUUUUUCGAGUGCGUGCUAGAGCUUCUGGAGGGUCUGGGGCUGCUUCCCGAGCUUCCCGCAGCCAGCAGCUCGGCAGAAAGCGUGUUUAGCAGGCUGUUCAUGCCAAGUGAGGAUCUGCGCACGAAGCUGCAGCAUUUUUUACCGCUUAUAGAAACCCAUGCGCACGCAGAGCUAUUGGAGUGCCUGGGCCUUGCUGCACAGGCGCAGAGGCGGCAAAAUACACCAAGCCAGCCGGACUUGCCUGUGUGUGGAGAAUACGGCUGCCAAAGACAUGCGGGCUCUUUGGAAGAGGAGCCGGUUUUCUGCACAGAAAAAGGCCUGCGCGCGCUUCUUCUAUGCCUUGCAUACAACCCCGACAAGAUGCUGUACGACAUAAACGGGUUUUUGUGCAAAAGCGAAAGCUCGGGGGAGACAGAGCGCACACGAAAACUUCUUAGUGAAGAGCAGAACCAAAUGAUCGUGUGCUCUGCUUUGACAUCACACUUGGAGUGGACGUGGCCAAAGAUAACCCGGUGGUUUGGAAAAAACAGGCAUCUUAAGGAAAGCCUUCGCGGGAAGGGUUCUGGGAUACUGGACCUUAUGUGCGUGCUUGUCCAAAUAUCUGGCAGAGCCGCAGAGCUUCUUCCGGCGAUACAGAAGUGUAAGGAGGAGAUAGGACAGGCCUUGAACUGCGCUGAAGAAGCAGCCCAGAAGGUAAAUGCAUGUGUUUUCGAGGUUUUUUCGGCGCUGGCGGUAAGUAAAAACAUAGGCGUGUGUGUCUAUAAUUAUGUAAGACGCGGCAGCUCUGAGGAAGGAACGCUUUUGAUAGCCCACCAGAGCACAGACGGGGCGCACCAUUAUAAGGUAGAAAUAGAGUUCAACAGAGGCCACAUGAAGGUUGAAAUGAGCCUACCCGUCCGGGGGUUUUCUGUGCACAUGAAAAGACUGGCGUCUGUGGAGUGUGCCUCCUACCGAAUGCACGGAUCGUUUGCGAGCUGCGUGUUUGCUGAGUAUCUGAGCAGAACGGCUGCGCAGAGAAGAUUUUCCGAGCCCCCUUUGGAUUUGUCCCAAAAGCUGUGGGAUGCUACAAGAGCCAUCGCAAGGAGCAGCCCGAAUAACCCGAAUCGGGUUCUUUUGCUGCACCCUAUACAAACUCUGAUGUGCAAAAAGUUGGUUGUUGAUGGGCUUAUUUUGAACUCGGUGGUGUAUGGGGUUCCGUUGACCCGGAGCCAUCCAAUUGUGCGCCUUGUCUCCAACGUCAUAGGAAGUGCUUCGCUCGACAAAUACCACCUGCAGCAUGCCGUGCAUUACCGGCACGAUACGGAGCCUGUUUCCCAUGCUACAGCUAUCCGAAGGCCGGCGUGCAUAUCUUUUUGA